GAAAUAAAUAGUUGGAUUUGUUUAUGUAUCCACUGUUGUAGGAGUGAAAUAAGGACAGCCAUGCAUACUUAUUCAAAGCACUUAGAAUACGAGCUUUACAAAUAAAACUUAAACGUGUGGUCAAGUAUUAAAAGCUAUUCAAAAUAAUUUUGAUUUAUUUGAAAUACUAAAUAAUUUUCCAACAAUUUGUUAGGUAACAACAAAAACCACAGAGAUUACCGCACUAAAAUCACAAAUGAAAUAUCACCGUACUUCCGGUUGAUCUCGCGCGGAAAAGACACAACCCCGCGGCUGCUCCAUGUACCGACCUGAACUGGUGUGGAUGAGCUUGUGGAGCUCCUUCAGCGUCAGAAAGUAUAACCCUCUUAUUUGUAGUGUUUCUAACGCUUCGAAGAACCGGGGAUUUGAGGCACUGCUUUCUGUAAAAUCUAGAACAAUGGCACCUCAAAGACGGAUUUCUUGCUCCCCCACCACCUCGAACCUGUGCGAGCCUGUGAAUGUUGGACCUUCUCAGCACUGGAAGGGCACUAAAAAGGAGACUGCUGCUGAGAGCGGUGAAACUGAGUUUGAGGCUAACGUGGAGAAAAUGACUGUUCGACAACUCAGGUUAAAUCUUAGGAGUGCUGGAUUGUCUACUCAAGGGUGCAAGCAUGAGCUUGUAUUGGCCUUCAAGAGUUUCCUAAAUGACACACACAAUGGCAAUGGAUCUUUGGCAGUGGAAGCAUUGGGAAGUAAGGUUUCUUCUGAAGAGAACCGUGCAGAUAUUGUCCAAAACACUUUAAGGAAGAACCCCAAAAGAAUCUCAACUAAAGUUGUUGAAAGGUUAAAUCUUGCCUAUGAAGCUCCUCAAAUUAAGAGAGCUAAGAGAAGAGUGAAGCACGAUUGUCAUGAGGGAGAACAUAUUGAUAUUAAUGAAGAGCAACAAAGAAAGGGGCAAGAUUUCUUGGUUGAGUCCAAUGUGGUGGAAGGUAAGGGGAAGGAACAAUUGAAAAGAAAGCUCUUCUUUCAGAGUGUUAAUCUUACCGCAAAUCAUGAUGAACCUUGGACAAUUUUCGCUCACAAGAAGCCAAAGGAUGGAUGGAUUGCAUACAAUCCCAAAACUCUGAGGCCGCCUCCACUUACUGGUACCGCUAAAGCAUUGAAGUUAAUUUCUUGGAAUGUUAAUGGUUUGAGAGGUUUACUGAAGUUGGACAGUGUUUGCAUAAAGCAACUUGCACAGAGAGAAGAAUUUGAUGUUCUAUGCUUGCAGGAGACUAAAUUGCAGGAGAAGGAUGUUCAGAUAAUUAAGGAGAAGCUUCUUGAUGGAUAUGAUAAUAGCUUUUGGACAUGCAGUGUGUCUAAGCUUGGGUAUUCUGGCACUGCUAUAAUUUCGCGGCUUAAACCACUUUCUGUAAUGUACGGUCUGGGUAUCACAGAUCAUGAUUCAGAAGGGAGACUUGUUACGGUGGAAUUUGAUGACUUAUAUUUAUUGUGUGCAUAUGUUCCCAAUUCUGGUGAUGGCCUAAGACGAUUGUCGUAUAGAUUCACACAGUGGGAUCCUUCUCUUAGCAAUUAUAUGAAAGAAUUAGAAAAGUCAAAACCUGUUAUUUUGUGUGGUGAUUUAAACUGUGCUCAUGAAGAGAUAGAUAUCUACAAUCCGGCAGAAAACAAAAGAAGUGCAGGAUUUACAGACGAGGAAAGGCAAUCAUUCCAAAAGAACUUCUUAAACAGGGGAUUUGUAGACACGUUUAGGAAACAACAUCCUGGUGUUGUUGGUUAUACUUAUUGGGGAUAUAGGCAUGGAGGGCGUAAAACUAAUAAAGGAUGGAGGCUUGACUAUUUCCUUGCAUCUGAAUCCAUUGCAGACAACGUGCAUGACUCGUACAUUAUCCCAGAUGUUGCAGGAAGUGAUCAUUGUCCCAUUGGACUUGUACUCGAGCUUUAGAAAUGUAAUCAUAUUACUCUGUUCUCCCAUCCGUCCGUCCAUCCGUCACAUGUGAUGGAUGGAAUGAUCUAAAACUUUUAUUAUGGAAGGAAGGAAUCAAAUGGGAAGACAUGUAUGCAAUACCGAUUCUUGGUUGGUCCUGCUAGAGCCAUUGGAGUUCGUACAAAUAUGGCUUUUCAAUGGACGUGCUGAUGGGUGGGUGGGGGGGGGGGGGGGGGGGGACUUGCCUAGAUUGGCAGUAUAAAAGUAGGCGUUUAUGCUUUUGUUGUUGUACCAAGCCUACAAUACAAUCUAUCACCUCUAUUUUACCCUUAACAAGUGUCCUCACUCCUCACACAGUUAUACGAUGAUUGUAUGGAUGUCCUACAGAUUACUAAAAGAAACGUUGCACUUGAAGAAGAGAAGUGAAUUAUAAUUCAAAACAUAAAGUUCAUUUUGAUUUUGAGUAUUGUCUAAAUAGAACAAUUUAAAAUGAUAUAUGCUGGUUUUUAUUAAGGCUAUUAAUGAAUUCGGA